GUGAAAGUGAAUACUCACCGAUCCGCACCGAGCCACACGGGAAACAUCCGUGGAUCCCCCAACAGCCUUUCUGGAUGCCGUGGGUUGGGCCCAUGUGAUUCCGUCUUAGUUAAUUUCCAGUAGGUAAGGUAGUGCGGUGAGUGAAUGCUGUCUGGUUGGGAUGUUGUACUGGUAGGACAUCUCCCGCCUCAUGCACCCCGUUGUGGCUACUUUGACUGGUGGCUGUGCUGGUUGCAUCUUCCAGACCUUUACUGAGCUUGAGUUGCUGCUUGGAGAACCCAGCUCUCAGGGGAGAAUAAUCGACAUGCAACCAGGCAUUGCCAACCUAAGUUGCCAGCAUCUACAGCCCUCUGUCCGGCCACUGGCCUACCCCAACCUCACAAAUAAUGCCAUUACUGUCUGCCUCAUCGAGCUGCGAUGGAUCGUAGAAAAGAAAAAGAAAUUCGUCAAAUAAAAUACAUCGUAAUGCUAAUAGCACAAAUAUGCGCGGAUCGAAAUGAAAUAACCCAUCGUUGAAACACCAU